UAGAAGUGCCAACAUGUUACUGGAAUUUCUGAUCCUCUCGCUGAUCCUUUCAGCUAUAAUAUGUGUCCUUCUGGACAGGCACUACUCUUACUGGAAACGCCUUGGAGUGCCUGAGAUCAAACCCAAGUGGAUAGUGGGUAACCUGAUGCCACUGCUCAUGCAAAAGGGUUUCCCGGAGUUCAUGUACCAACUGUAUAAUCAUCCGGAUGCCAAAAACGAACCCUUUGUGGGCAUCCAUAUGUUCCAUGAGCCUUCCCUGCUUAUCAGAGAUCCGGAACUGGUGAAGAACAUCCUUGUCAGAGACUUUGGAAAAUUCUGCGAUCGUCACGCGAACACUGAUCAAAGGCACGAUCCCUUGGGAUCCCAUAACUUAUUCUUCCUGAAGAAUCCUGCCUGGAAGCAGGUGCGAAUGAAGCUAUCACCGUUCUUCACUGGCACCCGGCUGAGGCAAAUGUUCCCGCUGAUCGAGGAGGUGGGUGCCAGCAUGGAUGCCCAUCUUCGCCAGCAGCCGCUGGACGACGAACAUUUGGGAAGCUUCGAGCUGGAUGCCAAGGAGUUGUGUGCCCUCUUCACCACGGAUGUGAUUGCCACCGUUGCCUUCGGAGUGCGGGCGAACAGUUUCAAGGAUCCCAAUGGAGACUUCCGACGACAUGGACGUUCCAUGUUCAAGUUUAGUCUUCUUCGGGCUACGGGGAUUACCGCAAUCUGCUUCCUGCCACACCUUAUUUCCUACUCCGGAUUCAACUUGCUUUCCGCUGAGGAUGCUCGAUUCAUGCGCAAAACCAUCAAAUACGUGAUGGAGGAGCGCGAAAAAUCUGGAAUACCACGCAACGAUCUCAUCGACAUCCUCAUUGAGUUUCGAAGGAGCGCACUGGAGGCGAAAGCUUCGGGAAUCGGGAAUCAGUAUGAGUUCGAAAACGACUUCCUGGUGUCGCAGGCAAUCCUAUUCUUCACAGCCGGCUUUGAAGCCUCCUCUUUCGGCAUGGCCAUAUCCAUGUAUCAGUUGGCCAAGGAUCCUGAUAUCCAGGAGCGAUUGCGAGACGAAAUCAAGGAGGCUCUGAUCGAAAGCAGUGGCCAGGUGACUCUUCAAAUGAUCGAGUCGCUGGAAUACUUACAGAUGAUCCUGAACGAGGUGGAGCGCAUAUAUCCGUCGCUGGUGUUCCUGGAACGUGAAUGCACCUCCGACCAGGCCUACCCGCUGGAACCCUUCAGCAAGAUGCGGGUGCCCAGGGGAAUGCCAAUCUACAUUCCCUUGUAUGGCUUGCAAUUGGAUCCCCAGUUCUAUCCUGAGCCAGAGAAAUUCCAACCGGAACGGUUCGCCCCGGAAAACCGAAAAAGCCACAAUCCCUAUACUUACAUGCCCUUUGGCAACGGCCCUCACAGAUGCAUCGGCGAACGUUUUGCCUAUAUUCAGGCCAAGGUGGGUCUGGUCAACAUACUCCGCAAUCACCGGAUAACCACAUCGGAGCGCACACCGCAGAGCAUACAGCUGGAUCCCAAAUCGAUUUUGAUGCAGGCCAAGGGAGGCAUUCCUCUACGCCUCGUCCGUGAUCCUUUGGGUGUCUGAUUAAAAAACAACAAAAUUAAACUAACUUUGAGAAGCCUUGCUGUUACCCAUAGGAUUGAAUGCCAAAUCGACCAUAACUAAGUCAAAUAUGCAUUAAUCUCAAUUUGAAAGACUAAUCUGGGUUGGCUUUUAAUAGUUUAUUAUUUUGUCUGUUUUAUUUUAAUGUUUUAAACUUUAUACUAUAAAAUUUUGAUUGCAAAUAGAAAUACAUAUGACUUUUGGCAACCAUAGGCUUUUUGAUAGCCUAAACUAUUCGUA